UGCCAGCUGUCAUGAUUUCGUGGGCAGCAAGCAGCAAAAGGCCACGUGUCAAUAAGUGAGAAAGUAUCCGUUGGAACCUGUUAUAUAAACCUGUACCUGCAUUUGCUCUGUCUUCACUUUCUCUCCUCUACCUGCAAAUCAUUUAUUUGUUUCUCUUGAAUUUCUUUGUUUCUUCACUCUCUCUCUCUCUUUCUCUCUGUUCAACAAAUUUCUCUUCUCUGAUCAAACUUUCCGCUGAAUUAAGCCCUAAGAUCGAGACCCACAUCGAUCAAAAACCCUAAUCGAGAUCGACCCUAAGAUCGAUCAAAAACCCUAAUCGAGAUCGAUCAAUCAUGAAGCGGAAGCGGGCCUUUACUAUGGCAUCGUCAUGGUCGUCUACCGUGAAACCCUCGCGCGUUCCUGAAGAAGAAUCAGUCCGGUGUUGGGAGAGCAAAACGGCGUCGUCAAACAGAACCCGACCCCAAAUCCAAUCCAGAUCAAGAAGAGGAUCGAAAACAAGAAACAUCAAUGAUGUCUUAAAAGAUGAAAGAUCCAAGAUUUAUGGGAUCAACCGGAUUUUGGGGACACCCAUUCCCGUGAGCAAUAACCUGACAUGGAGGCUUUUGAAAUCUCACAUGCGAAUUGAAUCUUUUUACUGCACCAAGCUCCACUCCGCUCUCAAUGCCAUCCACGAGUGUUUCGAGCCUUCCAAAGACCCCUACACCAACAGAGACAUUGCUGAGGACAUUGUCUUCGACUUGGAAUCCAAUUUCGAGUUGAAUUUGAGAGGGUUUUACACUGUGGUUUUGGAGAGGAGGGAUGAUGAUGAUGGUCAUGAGGAGAUGGUCGGUGCCGCCACGGUGAGGAUCAAUAAGGGAGUGGCUGAAGUGCCACUCGUGGCGACUAGGCCUCAGUUUAGGAGACUUGGGAUGUGCAGGAUUUUGAUGAAUGAGCUCGAAAAUCGGCUCAUGGAAUUCGGCAUUGAGAGAUAGUGUAACAUGAUAUCUCUUUUGGCAAAAUGUGAUCAUGAAGUCUUUGUAGAAUUGACACUCACAAUGGUAGGCAUGUUGCGUAUAUGUUCCAUUGAACCCAUAUUUUGAACAAGAAUGUGAGCAAGUCCUUUUUAUGUUCAUUGGACACUCGGAUUUGAGAUAUUUUGUGACAUGCCACCGUUCAUGCUUAAUGCUGCAUUACUUUCACAUCAUUUCUGAUAGACUAUUGACACAGUACUACCUUAGGUUCACUUACCAAAAGCUAGUCGGUAAGAGUCUGCUUUACAUCUUAGUACUUAAA